AUGGUUGACGAGUCAAAUAACCUAAAUUAUGAAGAAUGGUCAAAUUACGGUGCAACACUUUUAGUAGAAGGCGACGUUAUUCCUGUUGAAAAUGCUCAUACUAAAGGGUCAAAUUGGACUGCUUAUGUAAAUGUCGUGUGCUUGCUUGCGGGAUCUGGUACACUUGGAAUUACGUAUGCAAUUAAACAAGGAGGAUGGAUUUCGGUGAUCAUUUUAAUGAUUUCGGCAAUUAUGUCGACAUAUUCGAAUAUAAAAUUAAUUGAAUGCUUAUAUUAUGAUCGAAAAACUCGUAAAACCUCAAUGUCAGAAAUAGCCUAUAACGCAUUUGGAAAUGUUGGGAUGGAAAAUUGGGUUUAUAUUUGGGGUAUAAUUAUGUUUGUACCUUUUAUUCUAUUAAAAACAAUGAAAGAAGCUGCAUGGUUAAGUUUCAGUUAUGGUGGAAAUGUAGUUUAUCCUCACGUAGAAGCAAGCAUGAAAAAUCCUCAAGCUUGGCCAAAAGUAAUAAGUCUUGCUACAUUUACAGUUACAAUAAUGUACUUUCUAAUUGGAAUUCCAUCUUACUUAACAUAUGGACAAAAUUCCCUUUCACCUAUUUAUUUUAAUCUUCCAAUUGGUUUUUCUGUAACAAUUUCCAUAAUAAUGAUUACUGCUCAUGUAUUAUUAGCUUUACCAAUUUAUCAAACUGCUUUUGCUAUAGAAUUGGAAAAUUACCUUGGUAUUACUGUAGAAAAUCUAGGAAAAUCCCGUGAAUUAAUCUGGAGAAUAAUAAUUCGUACAAUUAUUACGAUAUCUAUGAUUUAUUGUGCGAUUAAUUUACCUUAUUUUUCUGAUUUUAUGGCGUUACUAGGUGCAAUGGGUAAUGGAGUUUUAUUAAAUUUUAUGCCAAUAGUUGUUUGGUUAAAAUUAUUUGGUUGGAAUCAAUUGAAUGGAUGGAAAGAAAAAUUUUGGAUAAUCUUUAUUUUGGUAUUUUCUUUCUUGGGUGCUGUGAUUGGUACUUGGGAUGCUUUAAAAGCUUUAUGGUUAGAUAUUAAUCAUCAAUAG